AUGUACCUGUUACGGAGAAUUUUCAAAACCAAACCCGGCGAGGCGAGGCGGGUGGCCAGCCUGUUGCAGAAGCAGGCCCAGAUUUUCCACGAUGCCGGCCAGCGCAGCGAGUUCAAGGUAGCUGAAACUCUGCUGUCGCGCGAACAAACCGUGUCGGUUGCGGAAGCAUGCACCAACGGAUUGUUGGGGUACACGCUGGGCACCAUUCCGGGCGCAUCGCGUUUCUUCCCCGGCGGCGUAAUCGCCUACACGGGCGGACUAAAGGAGAAAAUCCUAGGCGUGCCCGAUGAGCUAUACGAGACGGCGGGCAGCGUAAGCCGCGAAAUGGCCAUCGCAAUGGCCCGGGGAGUGCUGGUACUGACCGGCACCGACUAUGCUCUUUCCACCACCGGCGUAACCGGCCCGGCGGCGGGCCGCAGCGGACUGCCCAUCGGCACUUUCUGGAUCGGGUUGGCGGUGAAAGGCGGCGUAGACGCGGCCAUCGAGAUUCGCGUCGGCGGCGACCGGGAUGCUACCAAGCAUGGAGCGGUUCAGUCCGCCAUCAACCUGCUGGGCAAUCAGCUGGCGGCGGGUGGCUGA